AUGUUGAAUGGCUUUCAACAAAAAACUAAAAAGGCAUAUGAAACAUUAAAAACUGUUGCUACACUUACACUUGAAGAAGACAUGUUAAGAAUUUACCACAAUAUGCUUGAUGAGCCAAUGUUAAUUAUUGUCGGUGAAUAUGAUAUUCAAAAAAUGUUUAUUGUCUUUGUAGCUGUUAUAUUUGGUUCAAUGUCUGCUGGUCGAGCACUUGCAUUUGCACCUAAAAUAGCUAGAGCAAGGUCUGCUGCUGCAUCUAUCAUGUCACUGAUUGAACGUGUUCCUGCGAUUGAUACUUGGUCUAAUACUGUACUAAAUGGUAUAGAUCUAGAAAUAAAACCUGGUCAAUAUGCUGCAUUGGUUGGUCCUUCAGGAUGUGGAAAAACUACUAUUAAUAUUUCCACCUUAAAUGUUUGUAAUCUUAGAGAAAAUAUUGCAUUGGUUAGUCAAGAACCAUCUUUAUAUGAUAUGACAAUUAAAGAAAAUGUGAUUUUUGGAUGUCGACCUGGACAACAAGCAACUCAAGAUGAUGUUGAAAAUGCCUGUCAUGAAGCAAAUAUUCAUGAUUUUAUAAUAGGUUUACCUGAUGGUUAUGAAACUAAUGUUGGUGGAAAAGGAACGCAACUUUCAGGUGGUCAAAAGCAAAGAAUUGCAAUUGCAAGAGCACUUAUUCGAAAUCCUAGGAUUUUAUUAUUAGAUGAAGCAACAUCAGCACUAGAUUCUGGUUCCGAAAAGGCUGUACAAAAAGCUUUAGAUAUUGCUGCCAAGGGCAGAACAAGUGAGUUUUACUGCAUCUCAUAUAUUUUAUGUUUAGACUUGAAUGAAAUUAAUUAG